UAAAAUGAAAAGGUUUAUAUGUGGCCCGACCACAUCGUAGCCGUGGCGGACUUCCAGUCCCACCUUAAGAUAAAUAAAGAAAUAUCACUCCCCAGGCAUGGCCACUGACCAGCAUCGGCAUGUGUAGUUGGUUCUAUAUUGAAAGACUUCCAACAGUUUCGAAAUGCCAAAAGCAAAGCAAUUCAAACCCAACUUUCACUUUCUCUUCCGCUUCUGCUACCGCUUCAUAUUUCGAACUUAUUUAACCACUUUUUCCCAAUCUCAAAAUGAAACUUGGUGAUUGGUUGGUCCCAUUACUUCCCUCUUUCCCAAACAAAAGCUUCUUUCUUUCUCUUUUUACUUGCCUUUUAGGCCCACUUUGUUUCUAUUGAUCCUUCUUUUAACUCAUUUGAAAAUUACAUAUUUCAUAGCCUCAUUCCUUGCUUCAGAGGUUUUUCUACAUAACUUCACUUCUUCUAAGAUGCUUCCCCUUCCUCCCGCUCACAAGCAAAGCAAACCCUCUGCUCUUAAUCAAAUUAUCCUAUCUAAAGAGACCAUGAGUUAUCCUCACCCCCACCAACAACGAAUUCCAGUUUCAGAGCCCAAUGUCAGGAAAUCACAUAAACCUAUCUUACUCCGACCGCGGCGUACCAAUCCAAUCAUCUGGUGUGGUGCUUUUUUAUGCAUCAUUUUUAGUAUCAUCCUAAUUGUGACUGGAAUUGCCAUCUUGAUCAUCUUCCUUGCUGUGAAACCAAAACACCCAUUGUUUGACGCCACUGCAGUAAGCCUGAACAGCAUUUACCUCGAUUCGCCGGAGUAUUUCAACGGUGACUUCACCUUCCUAGCCAACUUCUCGAAUCCAAACAGGAAAAUUGAUAUAAGGUUUGAAUACUUGGACAUAGAGCUGUACUUCCAUGACAGGCUUCUUGCAACUCGAUCUCUGAAACCUUUCACUCAAAGAAAAGGAGAAGCGAGACUGGAGGCGAUUCACAUGAUAUCAAGUGAGGUUUACCUGCCUCUGAAUUUAUCCACAGAGCUGAGAAACCAAGUCCAGACAAACAGAGUUCAGUAUAACAUUAGAGGGACAUUCCGAGUUAGAGCUAGUUUGGGUCUCACCCAUUUUUCUUACUGGUUACACGGAAGAUGCCUGCUUGAGAUGACUGGACCUCCAACUGGUGUUCUUAUUGCUCGUAGUUGCAGAACGAAGAGAUGAUAUGGUACAGAUUAUGUUCUUGUUUCUUCUAAUUGAUCAUAUAUUCUUCUUCUCUUUCAUCUUUGGGGAUUUAAACAUGAUAACAUGAAAGAAUUCGCACAUUACAUGCAGGCCGAAACCUUGUAGAGAAGAUUGUUAAUUUCAUAUAUCAUAUGGGUUCUGAUAAUCAAGUGGCAAGAGGGUCUUUUAAACCAUACUUUCAACAUAACAGCUAAUGAUAGAUAUUCAGUUUCUUCUUGUAUUUGAUUUACAAUAUUGUUAAUGAUCCAAUGUGAAACAUCCAAGAAACACCAACUAGUCCAACA